AUGCCCAAGUGUCCAAGAUGUCAGAAAGAGGUGUAUUUUGCCGAGAGGAAGACAUCCAUGGGGAAAGACUGGCACCCAGCCUGUCUGAAGUGUGCUAAAUGUUCCAAGACCUUAGCUGCUGGAAGCCAUUCCGAAGUAUAUAAUAAUGCAUGUAUGCCGGCAAU